UGGCCUUAUAAAUAGAGGCACGGCGUAAGGCAUCUGCACACCCACACACCACCUCAACGAGAGCCUGUCUUGGUAGGACAAGAACAUUUGAAUGUAUUUCAGCUUUUCAUUUUGUUUUUGAGAGUUUGUUCUAUAUCUCAUCAAAAUGGAGAACGUAUGUCAAUGUACAGACAACGAUGACAGGCAGUCAAAUGCUAUCCUUUUCAACAUCCUCAGUCAAGACAAUGACAAGUCAAGCCACAACAACCUGAACUACAACUUGAUGCCUCAUAGAUGCAACUGCGAGAUGCGACGGACAGUGUGCUUGAAAAGUCCAGCAGACAUUUGCCAAGAGGCAUCGGGAGUGCUGGUGAAAACAAUUCACUUUAUGAAGAAUUUACCUGCCUUCAACCAACUCCCACCGAACGAUCAACUAUCGCUCCUCCAAAGUUGCUGGGCGCCACUCUUUAUUUUGGGUCUGGCCCAGGAAGGCAUGAACUUUGACGUCAUCGACACCCCUGCCGAUAGCAUGCUGAAAAGAAUCCUCUUGAAUUCUCAAGAGAGCUCAGAGACGGAAAGAGAGCAGCCCACCUUGGCUGGAGUGAACAAACUCAAGUCAUGCCUCAAAAAGUUCUGGAGUCUGGAUUUAAGUCCAAAGGAGUACGCAUACCUCAAGGGCAUCAUGAUAUUUAACCCAGGUGAGGUUUGCCUUAAAGCUUCAAUAUUUCAACCAGUCAAUGGAAGUGCUUGUUCGGUAGGGAUUUUACAUCCCCACAGCUGCUUGAUAAUCUAAUAAGCCUCCCUACAUACAACAUUCAAACAUGAAAUAAGGCUUGUUAAGGGCUUGUCCCCACUGUCGACUCAACGCAACAACACAUCAAAUACCUUCAGUGAAUCCAGCUGACCAGUAGGGUUACAAAAAACCAAUUGCAAUGUCAUAUAUAACUGAACAGUACUGUAUUGUACCACUGUGUAUAAAAUGUAGCUUGUCCACUCAUGAUACAUUUCUAUCCUCCUCAACAGAUGUGAAAGACCUAAAGGCAGCUAUAUUCGUGGAGGGCUUACAGCAGGAGGCUCAGCAUGCUCUGAGGGAGGUGGUCCAACCACUCCACCCCGGGGACCAAGGCCGCUUCGCUCGCAUCCUGCUCGCGGCCUCCAUGCUCAAGACCAUCACACCCAACCUCAUCACUGAGCUCUUCUUCCGUCCUGUCAUAGGCCAAGCAGAUCUGCUGGACUUCCUGGUCGAUAUGCUAUUCUGCAGGUAGCUACUGUAUAGCUGAUAUACAGAGACCUGAUAUAAUUUCCCGCUGGGAAAAUAAAGUUGAAACUUGAACUUGAGGGGUUUGGGCUCCCACUGUGAGGGACAUUGAGCCCCCAGGACUGAGUUGGGGUGUCUGGUCAUGUGGUUAAGAGAUUGACAAAUAAGUGCUCAUCGUAAUGGGGAAACAAAAUAAAUGUGUAUUCUUUAUUCAAAGAAACACUAUCCCUGUUAGGUUUUCAUGUCUGACCAAAUAGGAAAAAUUAUAUUUUUUAAAUAUGAGAACAGUUUGCUAUUGUUUACAUCCAACUAUGAAUUAGCAACAUUUACUGUAUAUUUGCAAAAUAUUGGGUAGAAAAUUGAGGUCACAAUGGCUAGUAGUUAUAACAGAGAUUUUACUGGUUAUAUCAGACAGGCUACACUACAGUCUUACAAUAUGCAUUCCUUCAAAUCAUGUAUAUUGUGCAGAAUGCUGUCAAGAUACAUUGUUUGUUUUGUGUAUGUUUGCAUGAAUAAUGUAAAUAAUUUCUGGGACUGCCUCCAGAAUAUUUUUAUAAAUAUAUUUAUAUACAAUUAUUGUGUUAUGUCUUUACAAUUUGGAAUAUGGUUUGUGAGACAAGCAUACAAACAGUAGAUUAAACAUCCCCUGUUCAAUAGGUCUAUAUUACAGUAGGCAUUGCCAUUCAAGGAGCUCUUCAAGCUCAAUUUAAACAUAUCUCUUCUAAAGUAACUACUAAUAAGCAGUGCACUGGAAUAAUAUCUGCAGGAUUCAAAGCCCACAUUCUCCCCCCUAAUCAUUGGGUUAGAGUGAAUCUGUGUUGGGAAUUGGGAAUGAGUGGAGUGGAGCAUCUGUGAUGUUUUCAUACAUAGACAAGACCAUCACAGUAGUGUGAGAGUGCUCCUCAAGUCUCCAACUUCCUGCUCCAGUUCCUGUUGAUUCAUAUUGUGUUUGAACCCAAGUUACACUAAGCUUUAUCUGUAUUACCUCACUGGUACAGAGGGCACUUUGGAAGGCGGUUUACCUGCUGGGUGCCUGGUACCGUCAUCUUGCUGCCCCUCUCCUCUCACGAGUCAAACCCCUCCCCCCAAGGUGACGGUGUGGAGUCAAUGACACAGCGGUGGCUCACCGCAGCAACGAGAGACAGCCUCGAUGGAACUGCAUAGUGACUGUCUCAACAGUCAAUAACAGUCACUAAGCUCUCCUUACCAUACCAAUAAGAUAUGAGGAGCAAUAAUAUUUUCAGUCUAAUGAAGCCAAGGUCAAGCUUGAACGACAAAUGUCACAGUGUUCUAUAUAUCUAAAUAAAGAAUACAAUCUUAACAUAUGUAGAGUGUCACACCAUCUAGCAUUAGGUUGUGAUUUAGUUUCCCUAGACUGGACCUGUGAACAACUUUUCACAAAAAAAUUAAGGUAAAUGUGUGAUAAAUUGUAUUUAUUUUAUUUUACGGUUGUUUUUUUUAUUCAAGUACAGUGCUACCGAACAAUAAGUAUCUUACUGCUCUUUGAAUGCACAGUACAGAGUGUUUAUUUAUGCAGCAAUAAAGACAGAUUAAUCAGAUC